AUGGGAGACUGGGGAUUUCUGUCAGCCUUGCUGGACAAGGUCCAGUCCCACUCCACGGUCAUCGGUAAGAUCUGGAUGAGCGUCCUCUUCCUGUUCAGGAUCAUGGUGCUGGGCGCCGGUGCCGAGAGCGUCUGGGGCGACGAGCAGUCGGGCUUCGUCUGCAACACCCAGCAGCCCGGUUGCGAGAACGUCUGCUACGACUGGACCUUCCCCAUCUCGCACAUCCGCUUCUGGGUCCUCCAGAUCAUCUUCGUCUCGACGCCGACGCUGGUCUACCUGGGCCACGCCAUGCACAUCAUCCACAAGGAGAACAAGCUGAGGGAGCGGCUGUUGAGCCCCGGCGGGACCCAGCAGAUCAAAAAGCCCAAAUACACCAACGAGAAGGGGAAAGUGACGAUCAAGGGGAACCUGCUGGGAAGCUACCUGACGCAGCUCGUGGUCAAGAUCAUCAUCGAGUCCGCCUUCAUAGCGGGCCAGUGGUACCUGUACGGCUUCAUCAUGGUGCCCAUGUUCCCCUGCUCCAAGAAGCCGUGUCCCUUCACCGUGGAGUGCUACAUGUCCCGCCCCACAGAGAAGACCAUCUUCAUCAUCUUCAUGCUGGUGGUCGCCUGCGUCUCCCUGCUCCUCAACUUCAUCGAGGUGUUCUACCUGAUCUGCACCAGGGUCCGGUGUGGGUCCAAGCGUCGCAAUCACAAGAUGAAUUCGGCAGACUACCCCGCCAGCCUGUCAGCGCCCCGGUUUCCCACCACGGAGGAAGCGCUCAGGCAGAACAAGCUUAACAUGGAGCAAGAGAGUAACAGUAUCGGAGGGAGCCUGGAGGGGGCCAAAGAGGAGAAACAACUACUUGGCGGUCAUUAAAAAAAAAAAAAAAGGG